UUAUGAACUCUAAUCAUAAUAGUCAUGAGUUUUUUCUGAUGAAAAACAAAAAAUAAUUAUUUAAACCUUUCACCCAGCAUAUUCUGGUGUUAAAAAGUAGUGUGUUCAGCUAAUUAAAGUGGCAGGAUUGUUUUUGCAAAAUUUAUCUGUAGGAAAUCACAAAAUAUGACUUUAUUUUGCACAGACAAAUUGACAAGCAAACUCUUAAAAAUAUGUAAUAGAUUAGCAAGUGCUUGAUGCCUGUUCUGAGCUACACUUGGGAGUCCUCUUGCCACAGCAAAGCUGGUCUGGGAGAUGAUAAAUAUUUGUAACCAAUCUGCUAGAGAGUGGAUGCAGUCAUAACAGGGUAUAGUAUCAGAGGGGGAGCUGUGUUAGUCUGAAUCCUGUGGCACCUUAGAGACUAACUGAAGUGUUGGAGCAUUACACUUCAGUUAGUCUACAAGGUGCCCCAGGACUGCUCGCCGCUUUAACAGGGUAUAGGUACCUCCCUCUAGCUCGUGGGAAUCAUUUUCACCAGGCCAGAAUAAAGCAUUUCAAGAUUGGCAUGCUCUGUUCUGAGCAGCCAGAAGCCCGGGGGGCAUUGUUAUAAACAACUUACUACCCCGUAGGGGCAAACUGAUUGAAUAACAAUUUUUUAACCAAGACAAAUUUGGGAUGAAAUGAAGAAUGUUUGGUUUCCAUUUUAAAAAAAACCUUUUCUAGACUUUGCUGUGGUUUUCCCAUUUUUUUCCUUUUUAUUUUUGGCCACUGAAAACUGAUUUGGGGGGGAAAGGGGCAAUUGGAAACCAAAAAUAUGUUAGGGUUUCUUAGCAAUAAAACCCCCUAAACUUUUUUUUUUUAAACAUUUUGGCCAACCGAAAAGGGAUGUUUUUUAAAGGGAUGAAAGACAAAAGCAUUUUAGAGUUUUCUUUCAAAACCAAAACACCAAUUUUUUGAGGGAAAAGGGACAAUUCCAGGAAAUAAAGUUUCUUCCAAAAACCCCUAGUUGGGGUGAGAAAAAUUGCGGGAAAGAGGGAACUAGUGUGAAAAGUUCAUAGACUGGGAAGGGACCACUGUGAUUUCUCCUCUGGCCUGGAUAAUCCAGGUCCUAGGACAUCUCUGAAUUAGUCCCUGUUGGAAUGAAGCAGGUCUGUUACCAACAAAGAGCAGGUGAGGUUUUGUUUUGCCCAGGUGGGUCCCACCCCAUCUCUGACUCCACUUGAAGAUGCCUUGUCCAACACUGUCACAACCCCACACCUCAGUGGGUUAUUGCUCCCAGGAGAUGCCCGUGGGGUCUUUCCUGAUCUACUGUCCCCAUGGGCAGGGCUGAGCAGAGAGGGACUUGCCAGUCAGGGUUGGAGCAGCUGGCACCUCCUGGAGGUGAGUGAAGGCAGAUGGGCCCCAAGGUCCCAUGGAGUGUGUGUGGGUCAGAGCCCGCACCCAGUUCUCCCCUGUCUUGCCCACAGGGCCAGCAGCUGUCUGUCCGGUUCCUCCCCGGCUGCCACCAUUGGCUCCAAAUGCACCUGUCCCAGGCUCCCAGCUGCGGCUCUGGGCAGGGGCUUCCUGAGGAUGACGGCGGCAGGAUGUCCCCUGUGUUACUUCCCCACGGCUCUGUUCUUCGUGGCGCUCUGCGGCUCCGGCGCUGUCCCCAGGAGGAAAGAUUGCCAGUUCCCGGACCCCCCCGAUCACUCUACCUACAGGUGCAUGUCCCCGGCUUGCCAGCUGGCUCUGGGCGGAGGCGUAUUUAAGGCUGGCUCCAUGGUGCAGUAUGACUGCGAGGCCGGCUAUGUCCCAGCUGGCCCCCCUGGUGUCGCCGUCUGCAAGGGCGGCCGGUGGCACGUGACGAAGCCAGUCGUCUGCAAGCCCCUGGCAGGGUCUCCGCCGAUGCCUCGCUCCGGCGCCCUCCUGGCUGUCUCCUCCAUCCCCGUGGUGGCUGCGGCCUCAGUGACCAUCUCUGCCCUGCUGCUGGUGGCCAUGGUGUGUGUCCUGGUGGGGCCGAAGCCCCGCACCCGCGUCUGCUGGAGCAGGUGGUACGAGCGCAUGGAGGAGCCCGAGAUGCUGAGCAGCGGGGACAGCUGCCUGGUGCCGCUCCCGUCAUACGAAGAGGCCAUCUAUGGCUCCCAGGGGGAUCCCGUGCUGCCUGCCCCCCCCAUGCCGACACCCCUUGUCCUCUCCAGAGGCCUGGUGCUCCCAGCGGAAGCCGUCGAGUCCCACGGGAGUCCGGAGGCUGCUACCCCGCCCCCUUCCUACCAGGAGAGCCAGGCAGCAGCUGCGGGUGGCAGCAGCCUGGCCCGGCACAUGGCACCCCCUGCCCGGUUCCUGUUCCCGGGGGCGAGGAAGGAGCAGGGCAGGUAGCCAGGGGCUGGGGGUCCCCACAGAGCCCCGACACUACAGCAGAGACUCCUUGUUUGAAACACUCAGCCUGCUCCUCCUCUGGACUUGCUGGGGGGGGUCGCAGCCCUCCCCUGUUCAUUCAGCACCUUGGGAACCUGAUGGAACCGAGGCAGCCCCUCUCGGACUGCCCCCCCCGGUAGGGGGCUGAGGGACCGGCCUCCUGCCUUAAUGCCAUGCGACUGAUCUUUGCCCCCUUUUCCCUGCCCCACCCUGACACCCCUCGCAAUGGGGGAGAGGGCCCUUUAGGGCUCAGUGGCGGGGGGAGGCAGAUCCUUGCUCUUUGGCAACAUCCUGUGGGCUUCUUUCGCGCCUGGGCCUGGGGGCUGCUGUGGUCAGACAUUCUCCCCCCGCUCUCCAGCUUUCCUGUGCUCUACCCUCCCCCCACCCCCAUCUGUGGGUCCUUGCUGUCCCCUGUGGGGAGUGCAUAUCUGUGUCCGUUCCCAUCGUGUCCCCCCCAGGCUGGCUCCAGGCCAGGCGCACUGCUGCAUGCAGCUGGGGUGGGCUGGCUGGGGCAGUUGCAUCCACCUUCCAGCAGGGAGCACUGUGGGUCUGGUUUAAAGAGCUUUCCCUGCCUGGCUCUUGUCUGUUUCCCUCCCCCACCCUCUGCAGCUUAGCUGGGGCCGGGAGAGCCGGUGCCCCAGAGCAGGUGCAGGGGAAGCGGCUGCAGGUUUGAGUCCCGCCUGACCCGGGCCCAAACUGCACAGCAAAGUCAGGGCUUGCGAGUGGGUGCUGGCUGGGGACAGAUCUUGGCCUGGCUCCCUGCCGCCCCGAGCUCUCCUGGCUCCCUGUGCAGGCUUGACAAGGGAGCACCAGCUGAGAUGCCCGGUUGGGCCAGGGGGCACUAGGGCCAGGCAGCUGGACAAAGCUCUUGUUGAAGCCGGUUCAGGCACCUUGGCUGGCGUGUGUACAGGCGCGCUCACACACACACACACUCACACACACACACACGCUGCCCUGCUGUGGGUUUUGCACAAGGUUGAUUGUUUUAGGUUUGUAUUUAUUGACUGGGUUUGUUUUUCUUUGCUUUGAUGUAUUUAUAAGGGGGGGGGAUGCCUCCCCCGAUGCUGCAGGGCUGGGGUUGUGUGCUAGGAGGGUGCAGUGGGUCCUGGGGGGCUCUGCAUGAGCCAAGCUGUUAAUUAAAACACUCAAGCUGCCU